CUUCCAACCAUCGACUGGUACCAAGAUCACCAAUGUUAUGUGCAGCUCUAAAAAUUGCACAAAAUAACAAAAAGACGAAUGUACCUAAUUGUUUUACAGAAUUAAGGAUAAUACGGGCAUACUCGAUAAUAAUGGACACAAAAUCGGAACAAACAAUAACGCCGGUAGGAGUCACGAAGAAUGAUUCAAAAGUACCAUUUUGGAAAUUUUGGCAGGAGAACAUAAAACCGAAAAGUGGAGACACCAAUUUGAAUCAUCGAUUUGAAAAUUGUUGGAAAAAAUAUAGAAAUUCAAGAAAAGACAGUUGGGACGAGAUCGAAUCUCCACAAUUUGUGGAUUUUUUUAAUCCACCGGAUAUAGGAGAUUCGUUUUUCAACAAGGCAAUUAUAACUACAAGCACGCCAAAUCAGGGUCAUACAAACACAAAACAUCCGAAUACGAUACUAGACGAUGAAACGUUGGUUGUAUCUCUAAGUAAUAUCUAUUUAUCCAAUAUAACAUUUGAUAAUCAUGAAGAAACAUAUGUAAAUAGUGAUGAUUCUCAGGGGCAAGAAAAAGGAAAAUAUGUGGUUCAUAAUGCUACCAAACUGGAGCUUAAAGCUAACGUUACAGCAUCUAAUAAAACGAAAAUGAUGCAGAGAAUCGAGGUCGUAUACCCCUUCACUUCUGAUUUACAAAAAAAAAGUACGCAAGGGGGAAAACAAGAAAAUAUUAAAAAGAUAUUGAAAGAUGAAAACAAAGAGAAGAAGGUAGAAAAAUCUAAUAAUUGCAAUAAGAAAAUUAAGCAGAGUACCGACCUGUGGAAGAAACCACCAUUUGUACCACAUUUGUCAAAACAGAAAUUACCACCGCCAAAAUCUCCACCUUUACGUACAGCGUCUCGAGCGCAAGAAAGAAAACGCUUUGACGAAAAUAUACAAGAGAAGAACAGACAAAAAGAACAAAUGAUACAAAUGGCAAUUGCUGCUAAGAAAAAGCAAGAGGAGGAAGAAAUUGCAUUACUAAGAAAACAAAUGGUUCAUAAAGCUCAACCAAUUCACAAAUAUAAAAUUGGUUUACCGAAAAUUAAUAAACGACCUUUAACUGAUCCUGUAAGUCCGAUAGUAUUGAAACGUCGUCGUCGCAUAUAAGUAUUUAAAAUAUGUAUAUCUCAGGAAUAGUAUGGCAUAUUGUAAAAAAUUCUAAUUCGUAAUAGUACAUUAGUAAUUAGUUUGAA